AUGGACAGCGAUGAGCCCCUUGCCCACCCCGAGAUCCCCUCAGCAGGGCAGGAUUGCACCUCCCGGGACCCCCAGGCGGAGGCCGGACUACACGUCCCGGCAUGCCCGGCCCCGCUCCGCACCUGCCCGGGGAGCGGCUCCUGUUAUCGGCGGGGCCGCGGGAGCGAUGUGCGAGGGCUCGGCCGGCGCCGAGGGAGCAGCGCGCAGCCGCAGGAGCUGGAGAAGAGACUUUGCCAACCGCCAGCACUGCUCCAAGGAGCCAGGGAGCCAGGUGCUUCUCCACAUGGCAGCCAGCCCUCCCACAUAACGCCAGCCAAACUGGACACCCCAAUCCCACGAGAGAACCCCCUGGGCCAGCACCCGCCCACCUGCAACCCCCAGCCCAGCCCUGACCCACCUGCCACUGCCCUGUCCCACGCCAGCCCCACGUCCCACGGGGCGGUCACAGGCAGACGCCGCGAUGCCGCGACCAUCACUGACCUGUGCAGCGGCAAUGUCCCCGAGGUGGAGAUCGUCAGUCUGCUGGGCGAGCAGCUGCCCCGCUACCGGCUGCGGGCUGACACCGUCUUUGGCUACGACCACAACGACUGGCUGCGUGCUUCCCCCGGCUCCCUGGAGCCCCCAGCCCCCCUCACCCCCCAGCAGAUCGAGGAGACCCUGCAGUACUUCCUCCUGUGUGCUGAGCGAGCAGUCAGGAUCACAAAGACCUACCAUGACAUUGAUGCCGUCACCAACCUGCUGGAUGAGAAGGAGCGGGACCUGGAGCUGGCAGCUCGCAUCGGGCAGUCCCUGCUGAAGCAGAACCGGAGCCUGACUGAGCGCAAUGAGCUCCUGGAGGAGCAGUUGGAGUUGGCCAAAGAGGAGAUCGCACAGCUGCGUCAUGAGGUCUCCAUGCGGGACGACCUGCUCCACUUCUACACCAGCACAACAGAGGAGAGCGAGCCCACCUCUGCCACCUCCACGCCGCUGCGCAGGCACGAGUCCUCUCUGUCCCUGCAGCAGUAUUUCCAGUGUGACACCUUGCAGCAGAAACUCAAGUGCCUGGAGGAGGAGAACCAGAAGCUUCGCAUGGAGGCCACCAACAUUGCAAAUGAGACCUGUCAGUAUGAGGACCAGGAGCAGCAACUGAUGAUCGACUGCGUGGAGCAAUUCUCUGAAGCAAGCCAGCAGGUUGUUUACCUCUCGGACGAGCUGGCCCGCAAGGCAGAGGACACAGUCCGGCAGCAGGAGGAGAUCAGCCAGCUCCUGGCACAGGUGGUGGAUCUGCAGCAGAAGUGCCGGGGGUAUGGCUCAGAGGUGGAGGAGCUCCAGCAGCACUUGGCUGUGGCAAAGGAGGUGCAGCAGCAGCUCCGGACAGAGCUGCGGGACCUGCAGGAGAAAUACGUGGAGUGCGGUGGGAUGCUGCAGGAAGCACAGGAGGAGAUCAAGAGCCUGCGCAGCCGCAGCCUCCCCAACAGCACCAUCAGCCGCUACACCUCGCCCAGCCUCCUGCCUGUGGAUUCGCUGGCGGCUGAGAUCAAGGGGAUGAUGAGGAAAGGGACAGACAGCUCCUCUGACUGCAACUACCUGCGGGCCUUUGAGACGGUGAAAGCAGUGAACCAGGUGGCCAAAGCCAAGUCUUGCUCCGUGUCUCCCGGCACCACACCGGGCUCCAAGCAGUCGUCAGCAGCCCCGUCCCGGGGGGCCAGCACCCCCCGCACCGCCUGCCCCAGCUCAGAGGGCCCCCAGGGCGAGGGGGCUGGGGAAGAGGCGCAGGCAGCCCCGGGCAAGCAGGACCUGGAGGCAGCGGUGCAGCGGCUGUCGGUGCGGCAGCAGAGCCACGACUCCGAGGAACGUUCCUUCUUCGAGGCCGAGCGUGAGCACAAGCUGUGGCGGCUGAAGGAUGGGGAGAGCUCCAGUGGCUUCCUCACCCCUAACGAAAGCAUCAUCUCCACGGGGACCAACUACUCGGGGGGCUCGGAGCUCACCACUGGCUCCAGCUUCUCGCUCGGCUCCCUCACCUACCUGCCUGACAAGCUGCAGAUUGUGAAGCCCCUGGAAGGCUCUGUGACACUUCACCACUGGCAGCAGCUGGCACAGCCCAACCUGGGUGGGAUCCUGGUGCCCCGUCCUGGGGUGCUCACCAAAGACUUCAGGCAGCUGGACAUCGACCUGGAGGAGGUCUACAGCCUCAAUGACCUGGAGGAGGACGAUGUGGAUGCCAGCUCCUUCCAGCUGCACCCAACCUCAACACCGGCCAAAGCCAAGGAGCGCCCUGGGGUGUUCCUCUCUGUUAACAACCUCCCCCAGACCCCGUCUACCUUCACCAUCACCACCUGCCACAUCCUCCAUCCCACCACUGAGAUCACCAGGGUGACACCCAGUCUGCAUAACGCCGUCCUGCCUUCUUGUCGGCCCUUUGAGGGGCUGAGGCUUGGCAACCCUUCGCCAGAGUCAUCUCGCCCCAUGCUGGCUCCUGGCCCCGGACCCCCAACCGCCCCUGUGGGACUCGUCAGGCUGUUACUGGUGCAGGGCAUCUCCGCCUUGGUGCCACGGGCUGGCUCAUGGUGUGCUCCCCAGCUCCCUUCCCAGGACCCCCAGCACGCUGACACCCAGCCCCUCCCCACACUGAGGGGACAGGAUGGAACCUCCUCCAGGAGCAGCAUCUUCAGCCUAAAUCUGGUGGAGAAGCUGCAGCGCCUGGGGCUGGACAAGGUGGUGGCCAGAGGGGAGAUGUCCUACAGCCAGGGAGAGCGCAGGAGAGCCCGGGAUGCACUGACGUGA